UAUUAUUCAGAGUCAAUCGCUGUUCAACAGGUGGCUUUGUCGAGUUAGUACUUGGAAUAGCGUAGCUGUGAUUUAGUUGUCUUACUCUUUUAAUCGACGCUUAAAAACAAACAAACUGCCAGCUUUAAAGCAUCAAAACGUCGGAAUGGUAAACUUUUUAUAACACGUGGAAAUUUUUAGACCUUACAAGUUUUUUGUUUUUUCCCAGAGAAUCGCACCGACCUACUGUAUGCAGUAGCAUGCGGCAAUAAGCUGCACUUGCGCCCUGUUUGUUUGCUUUCGGCUGAUCCUUCGGCUACUUUUCGACUCGAACCAGCUUCCUGUGGAAGAUCAGAAUGAUGUACAGCAUGAUGGAGCACGAACUUAAGACCCAGCCGGGUCAGCAGAAUCCUCACCCGAACGGCCAGAUCAUGUCGCAACACGGCGGCUCCGGAAACAUGCCCCAGGCGGCUCCGAAAAGCGCGUGCGCUUCCGGCGCGGACCCCAUGGACAAAGUGAAGCGGCCCAUGAACGCGUUUAUGGUGUGGUCCCGAGCUCAGAGGCGCAAGAUGGCCCAGGAGAAUCCAAAGAUGCACAACUCGGAGAUCAGUAAGCGCCUGGGCGCCGAGUGGAAACUGCUGAGCGACGCCGAAAAGCGGCCGUUCAUUGACGAAGCCAAGCGUCUGCGCGCCGCGCACAUGAAGGAGUACCCUGAUUACAAGUACAAGCCUCGGCGGAAGAGCAAGCCGCCGGUGAAGAAGGACAACUCUGCGGCUAAGUAUCCUCCGCUCGCCGGCGGAAGCCUACUGGCCGCGGCGCAUGCGCAGAGUGGAAGUCCGCGCGUGGACAGCUAUGGCUGGGCUCCGGCCGGAAGCUACGCGGCCGUCCAGGGCGACGCGCUCGCCUACCAACAGCAGCUGCACCGCUACGAGCUUCCGCUCCAGUACGCAGCUCCCAUGUCGCAGACCUACAUGAACGGCGCUAAUUCUUACAGCCCAAUGUCCUACAGCAGCAGUCCGCAGCAGCCCAGCCCUGUAAUGUCUAUGGUCAAGCCGGAGGCCUUCACUCACUCACCCACUGGAGCAACAAACCAUCACCGUGGGGCAGUUCAAGGGGACCUUAGGGACAUGAUCAGCAUGUACAUCCCUGGAGGUGAUGUGGGGGACCCUGCAGCGCAGAGAGGUUACCCAAGUGUCCAGCAGCACUAUCUCGGCAGUACGGUGCCCCUCACACACAUCUGAAGUGGAGAACAAAAAGGACUGGGACUAGCUCAGCUGGAUCACUACGUAGACUUGUAGUGCAACAAGUAAUCUGUGUGGAUUCUUGGUGGAUGUUGUGAGUACCUGUUGCACAUAGGAAUAUUUUCUACCUCUUUAAGUGAUCUUGUGUGGUGUUUUUUUUUUUUUUUUUUUUUCCCCCUCUGUGGAUUUGUUCACCCCCUUCUCCCAGUGCCCCUCCCCCUCUUUCCUGUUCUGCCCAGAAUUUCACCAUUAAUGCAGCUUGGAGGUUCUUUCCACAAGAACUUCCUAAUAUAGAUGGGUAUGACCUGUCCGUGUAAUUGCCUUUCUGUGGCCGUUUACACUUUUUUUUUUUUUUUUUUUUAAAUUCAAUUUUUAUUGUAGAAUGUUCCCUUUGUAUAUGUGAUCCAAAUAUCAAACUGACUGUGCCUUUCUGCUGUGCUUUUGUUAACAGGGAUUGGGGACAUUCAUGCAGUAAAAGGCAAUCAUGAUCAAAAACCAAAAUGGGGAUAUAGGCACACUGAAGUCAUGCCCACUCGAUCACUAUAGUCAGUGAUGUGCAAAUCAUGUGACCUUUGGAGCAAGUGUAAGCUAGUUUGUAGUCUUUUUUUUUUUAAACAAAAUUUGUGAUAAGAGUUGGGUGAAGUACUACUAAUUAAACUUAACAGAUUGAGAAGGAAAAACGGUUUGAAAAUUGACAAAGUUAAAUAUAUAAUUUUUUUUUUUCUCCCCUUCUUGCUUUUUGAAGGACAUGAAGCAACCAGUCACAAUGACUAUAUAGUUUUUGCCUAACUUUUCCACACCAUCCUUUUAACAGAGUAGGGUAUGCAUUAGUUGCACAAAUGAACUAUCAGUCACCAUGAGAAGUAGUCUGCACAAAGAAAUCAUAUAUUUCAGCAAUAAAAUAUCCAAUACAUUGACUUUUUAGCAUGAGACUAGCACUAUGACAUUCCUUUUCAAUUGUUUAUUUUAAACCAAUCUGAAUGCACUGUUCUUUACCCUCCUAUCAGUACCAGGUAUUGUCUUCGACCAAGACUUUGUGUACCAGUCUGGAGUCCAUGUGGAGGGGCUUUUACUACUUGGUUGUGAAAAUUGGAAAAGGAGGGUGUGGUUUUUUUUUUUUAAAUAGAAUAACGUGUACAUCCUUUGGGUGCAUGAGGAGCCUGUACUGCUUGUAUAAUGCCAGAUUUGCAUAAUUCAAAUGGCAAAAGUAGUAUGCAGGUGCUGCUAAGUGCAGCUAAUUUGGAAACAUGUUGCCUUUUUUGGGUUUAUUUGAUGGUCUAACUUGGUCAGUCUAGCAUUUUCCGUUUUUCGAACAUAUUUUAGUCUAGGAGUCUAGUGGUCACUAAUGAGUUAAGAACUUUAAUGUAAUUUAUAUUAAAGUAAUGAAAUGAGUGAAUGUUUACAUUUGCCUUCCAGGUGAGUGUGCAACUUGCCGUUUCAAUGUAAUUUUUUAAAGUCCUUUUAAUACUGUCUGUAAAUAGCCUUUGUACAGUUUUAUGGCCCUUAUAAGGGUCUUUUGCAUAAACAAAAAAAAAGUUAAAUAAAUUACAAAAAAGUG